AUGAAGAAAGAAGGAGGUGGACUGAUAAUAACGUUGGCAGCCUGCAUUUUGGGACUUUAUGCAUCAUUUCUAACAUGGUCGGUUUUGCAAGAGAGAAUUAGUACAAAACCGUAUGGAUCAAAUCCAGAUACUGGUAGUCCAGAUUUUUUCAAAGCUCCCUUGGUAAUAAACAUCAUACAAGCUUUUUUUGCAUCUAUAGUUGGUCUCAUAUAUUCGGUGGUUUCAUCCAGAUCGAAUCCUUUAAGUAUUUUUACCCAGAAUGAAAAGCCAGUUGCAUUAAAAUUCUUCAAAUCGUUCGUGAUAAUCUCGCUUACAUCUAGUUUAUCAUCUCCUUUGGGCUACGAAUCAUUAAAACAUGUUGACUACUUGGCAUACUUGCUAGCAAAAUCGUGCAAACUAAUUCCAGUCAUGUUAGUUCAUUUUGUGCUUUAUCGUACAAAAUUCCCAUUAUACAAAUGCAUGGUUGCUGGAUCAGUUACGGUAGGUGUGAUAAUAUUCACAUUAUCCCAUUCUUCAACGAAGAGUAAGGCCGAUAUUAGUGAUGGUAAAACUGCGUUAGGAAUGGCACAGUUAAUCGGUUCCAUGCUUUUGGAUGGGUUGACCAAUUCUACACAAGAUCAAUUAUUUAAAUUGAGAGGGACGUCACCUAGUAACAAACAUACAAAAUUAACAGGGGCAUACUUGAUGUGCAUCUUGAAUGCAUUCAUUUUUAUAAAUACGUUAGCCUAUGCGCUAAUCUUCAAAUAUCAAUCAGAAAUUACAUAUACGGUCAAUUUUGUUCAUCAUUAUCCUCAAGUCAUGAUGAAUAUCUUGGAAUUCGCUAUCUUAGGUUCAGUUGGGCAAGUGUUCGUUUUUAUUAUCCUCGAGAAAUUUGAUUCCUUAAUUCUUAUCACUUCUACUGUCACCAGAAAAAUGAUUAGUAUGAUCUUAAGUGUUGUCUUAUUUGGACAUCAAUUGAAUGGGCUACAAUGGGGUGGCGUUGGUUUAGUAUUUGGAGGAAUUGGUUACGAAGCUUUAGUCAAGAUGAGUAUGAACAAGGCUCCAACUACUAAGAAGAAUCAAUAA